AUGACUACGGUCAAGAACCAGGCCAGAUGCGAUGAGGCCCAGUCCCUCCUUGAUAGCAAGAUUGAGACAGCUGGGACCGUGUCAUUCAAGACUUGCUGCGGCCCGCUACGGCGCGAAUGA